CUCCGCACGCCGAGCACGCGAACCGCGAUACGCGCGCGUCCGCGUCGUAUUCACUUCGCACGCACGCGCCAGCGCCCGUGCGCGCCCUCCGCCUCGUCCUUCGAGUCGAGCAGCGCACGUCGACGCGCGACCCUCGGCGAGUAAAUCGUCGUUCGCACGCGUCGACGCGUUCGUCGUCGCCGAAGAAGCUUCUAGUCGCGACAUGACGGACAUGAUGGAGGCGCCGAUGGAGGCGCCGCAGAUGGAAGGCGACAUGCAGGAAUGGCAGGAAGGGAUGGAGGCCGCGGGGCCGCUCCCCCUGCAGACGCUCGAGGAGCACGGCAUCGCGGCGUCGGACUUGAAGAAGCUUCUCGAGGCGGGCAUCCACACCGUGGAAGGACUCGCGCACGCGCCGAAGAAGCAGCUGAAGGACAUCAAAGGCCUGAGCGAGAUGAAGGUCGAGAAGCUGAAGGCUGCGGCGAUGAAAGUCGUUCCCCUCGGGUUCACGACCGCGUCCAUGGUCCAGGCCGUGCGCGAGAGCACGAUCAUGAUCUCCACGGGGUCGUCCAAGCUCGACGAGCUCCUCGGCGGCGGGUUCGAGUCUGGCUCGCUCACGGAAAUUUACGGCGAGUUUCGCACGGGUAAGACGCAGCUGUGCCACACGCUCGCGGUGACGUGCCAGCUCCCGCUCGCGCAGGGCGGCGCGGAAGGCAAGGCGAUGUACAUCGACACGGAAGGGACGUUUCGACCGCAGCGUCUCAUCGCGAUCGCGGAGCGGUUUGGGAUGGACUCCGCCGCCGUUCUCGACAACGUCGCGUACGCCAAGGCGCACAACUGCGAGCACCAGUCCGAGCUCCUCGUCGCCGCCGCGGGGAUGAUGGCGGAGGCUCGUUUCGGGGUGAUCAUCGUCGACUCCGUGACGAACUUGUACAGGACGGAGUACGAAGGGCGAGGGGAGCUCUCCGCGCGGCAGAUGCACCUCGGGAAGUUUUUGCGGCAGCUCGCGCGUCUCGCGGACGAGUUCGGCGUCGCCGUCGUCGUGACGAACCAGGUCGUGGCGAACCCGGACGGGAACGCGAUGUUCGCGGGCGCGAACGCGAUGAAGCCCAUCGGCGGGAACAUCAUGGCGCACGCGUCCACGACGCGACUGGCGCUGAGGAAGGGGAGGGGGGAGAACCGGAUCGCGAAGAUCGCGUGCUCGCCCGUGCUCCCGGAGAGCGAGGCGCAGUUUUCUCGGAGAUGGGCAUCGAGGACGCGAAGGAUUAAAAGGUUGGGGGGUACGCGGGGGAUGGGACGCGACGACGAACGGGGCAGCGACGCGACGACACUUCGAGCGCGAGCACGCGCGAAGGCGAUGACCGCCGGCGUCGUCUCCACGACGCCGCCGGCGCUCAGAUCGGUCGUCGAGGAAAAGACGGACGAAAACAACGAAAACCGACCUACUCACGCUCGUAGGUAA